AUGGGUUUGACUAAAGAUGUUGAUGUUGAUAGCCAGAGUGAUGGUACUGAUGAUGAAUGGGCACAUAAUAGUGACAAUGAAUGGGAAGAAGAAAGUGAACAAGAAGAUGGUUCAAGUGAUGAAGAUGAUGUAGAAUAUGAAAUAGAAGAAGAUUUGAGUGAUGAUGAUUUAGAUGGGUAUGAUUCUAAAGAAUUUUAUGGGCAGUUUUCCAAUAUAGAUGUAAAUGAAGAUGAGGGCGAAGGAAAAGUGAAAUUGCAAUUAGGUCAGAGAAUCCAUGCAUCACCCAUUGUUGAUGGUGUGACAUACAAGAUAAAGUCUUAUGAAAGUAAGCACAUCUGUGAAAGGAAACAGUCAAUUAAGCAUGCUAUAAUUCGUUGGGUUGGAAAACAAAUUGCUCCUCUUAUCAAGGCUGAUCAUGAAAUGAAGCCCAGUGCCAUUAAUGAGUUUCUGCUUCAGAAAUAUCAUAUUCAACUUCCUUACCAACGACUGUACAGGGCAUGUAGGAUUGCUCAAGAAAUCAAUGAAGGUAGCUAUGCUCGGUUACCUGCAUAUGGUGGAUUGGUUCUGGAGAAAAACCCUGGGAGUAAAUUCAUAAUAGAGUAUGAGAGUAGACAAGAGCAUGAGUUGGACACAGUCAAUCCUGUGUUCUUGAGAGUUUUUAUUUGUUUCAGAGCAUGUGCAAGGCGUUUCCUGAAGGGGUGCAGACCAUUUAUAGGUCUUGAUGGAUGCCACCUCAAGGGCAGUUAUGGUGGAGUGUUACUGUCUGCUAUAUCAGUGGAUGGGAACAAAGGGUUGUUCCCUAUUGCAUAUGCUGUAGUGGAGGUUGAGUGCAAAGAAAGUUGGCUGUUUUUUUUGAAUCUGUUACAUGAUAUCAUAGACCCGGAUGAUGCUAAUAGGAUGUUGACUUUCAUGUCAGAUAAACAAAAGGGUCUAGGGGAUGCUAUUGCUUUAGUCUUCCCUAAUGCCUACAUUAGGUAUUGUAGUCGCCAUCUCAAUCAGAAUUUCAAGAAAAAAUAUCUAGGUGAUGCAUUUAGGAAACACUUUUGGACUGCAUCUUCAGUAUGUACUGUGAAUCAGUUUGAAAGUGCAAUGAAUGACAUCAGAACCAUGGAUAAUACAGCAUAUGAGUAG